AAAGCCAAAUCCACCCUCUCUGCUCUGAGAAUAUGAGGUCAAACCUGGUUGCUGUCUGGUCACCAAGUGGCUCAUUAUUUAUCCUUGUGAAAUCCUGCAGAAUUAUCUGAAAGUGAAGAAGAAACACUCUGGUUUUGCAAGGGGACUUAUAGUCAAGGGCUUCAUUACUGGUUUAAUGGUGAAGUGCAACCUUGAUGUGGGACCAUUGUCAACAGAGGUGAGAAUUGCAAACCUCAGAUGGAGAGACACUAUUCUCAGAAUUCUGAGCUAUUUGGUAAACAGAAAAAUACUCUGACCAUGUUGAUGAAGCCUAAUCACGAUUUACUUUCUUCUGGAUACUAAAUAAAAGCCUGAGUUGAUAAGAGAAAUUUAGUGGAGUAGCAAACUCCAUUGCAAAGUGUGGUACCACUUCCUGGAGAAGCCAAAUGGACACGAAGCCUUCCUCCGAGAAAGGUACAGAUUUCUGCUCACUGCGCUACGCACUGGCUCUCAUCAUGCACUUCUCAAACUUCACCAUGAUCACCCAGCGCGUGAGUCUGAGCAUUGCCAUCAUUGCCAUGGUGAACAGCACCCAGCAACAAGAUCCAGCCAAUGCUUCCACUGAGUGGUCUCUGACAGACCCCCUCUACCACCCAAACAGGUCCAACGAGGAAUUUAAAAUGAGGGCAUCUGUGUAUCAGUGGAGCCCAGAGACCCAGGGCAUCAUCUUCAGCUCCAUCAGCUAUGGAAUAAUACUGACGCUGAUCCCAAGUGGAUAUUUAGCAGGGAUAGUUGGAGCAAAACAGAUGAUUGGCGCCGGUUUGCUGGUCUCUUCCCUUCUCACCCUCUUUACCCCUGUGGCUGCUGACUUCGGAGUGAUUUUGGUCAUUGUGAUUCGGACAGUGCAGGGCAUGGCCCAGGGAAUGGCAUGGACAGGACAGUUUACAAUUUGGGCAAAAUGGGCUCCUCCACUUGAACGGAGCAAACUCACCAGCAUUGCAGGAUCAGGGGCAGCAUUUGGGUCUUUCAUUAUUCUCUGUGUGGGUGGACUAAUCUCACAGGCAUUGGGAUGGCCUUUCAUCUUCUACAUCUUUGGUAGCAUUGGCUGUAUCUGCUGUCUACUGUGGUAUAUGAUGAUUUAUGAUGACCCUAUGCAUCAUCCAUGCAUAAGUGCCAAGGAAAAGGAGCACAUUGUGUCCUCUCUGGCUCAGCAGCCCAGUUCUCCCAGACGAUCUGUGCCCAUAAAGGCUAUGGUCAGAUGCCUACCACUUUGGGCCAUUUUCACUGGGUUUUUCAGCCAUUUCUGGUUAUGCACCAUCAUCAUCACAUACCUGCCGACGUACAUCAAUACUGUACUCCAUGUUAACAUAAGAGACAGUGGGGUUCUGUCUUCCCUGCCAUUUGUUGCUGCUGCUAGCUGUACAAUUUUAGGAGGUCAGUUGGCAGACUUGCUUCUGUCCAGGAAUUUUCUCAGCUUAAUUGGAGUGCGAAAACUCUUCUCAUCCUUAGGUCUCCUCCUUCCAUCACUCUGUGCUGUAGCCCUGCCCUUUGUGGCAUCCAGUUACGUGACAACCAUUAUUUUGCUGAUACUUAUUCCUGGGACCAGUAACCUGUGUGACUCAGGGUUUAUCAUCAACACCCUAGAUGUUGCUCCCAGAUAUGCAAGUUUCCUCAUGGGGAUCUCAAGAGGAUUCGGGCUUAUUGCAGGAAUUGUCUCCUCUACCACCACCGGAUUCCUUAUCAGUCAGGUUGGGCAUGUUAUUGAAAGGAUUCUGAGUCUGGAUGGAGGAAUGUAUUUUUCCUGUCUGCUGCUGUCAACAUGUUUGGCCUUCUCUUUUACCUCACAUUUGGACAAGCAAAGAUCCAAGACUGGGCUACAGAAAGGAUUCUCACCCACCUCUGAGUAUACAGCAUCUGAACCUUCAUAUAGUACAGACUCUUAACCUUCUAACUUUUUUUUACUGUCCACAAACUGUAUUCAUAUUCUUAACCACAGAUAUAGUACUCUGCUCUGGAUGUGUGUUAGAAUUUUCCAUAGAGCCUUAAAAACAUGGAGAUGCCUAUACCACAGUUCAGAGAAUAUGUGAAUUUGUCUGGAUUGGAGUCUGGACACCACUGAAUGUUAAAUUCCCUGAGAGAGCCAGGGUGUAACUGGUAGACAGAUUUGAAAAGGCAAAUCUGUUGUCCUUAAAUUUUCCUCUUGGGAAAAUAGUAAAUGAAUAAAAAUCUAUGUGAAAAUAAUCACUGUUAAAACCUUCAUGGGGAUAGUUAUAAACACAAAGUGUAGCCAUAUGCUAUAAAAUUCAGUGUAGGGCAGAAUUCUAAGUUGGUAAACAAUAGAAUUAACUUUUUUUUUUUUUUACUGUUUUAUAUACUGUGAGGCAUGGGUGUUUAUUUUUGUAGUUAAACUCUAUUAAAAUCUGUUGUUAAAAUUCAAUAGACUAUUUUAAAAUUAUUUGAAUUAGGAUUUUUUUUCCAUCACAUAUAGCAGAAAAUGUCAGGAAAAGAUUCAGUGAAUAAGGUUGACUAGAAUUCAAGGCAAGAACUUACCGAAUUGGGAAACUUGUCCUUAAGAGAAGGACAAGUGUUAGAGGGGGCAGUGUUCUUGCUUCUAGAAGGGACAGGGACAUAGUCUUGAUGAUUUGAUGAAAACUAGAGGGAGACAACCAAGACAACUCAAGUGAAAAGAUACUUUAUAUGUGGGAGGAAAGCACUAAUACUAUACUAUUGUAUAAUGGACUGGAAAAGGCACAGAAAGUGUCAUGUAGUAGAGAAGAUUCUUUACUGUCUUAGUUGCUUUCCUCUCAAUGCUGAGACAAAAAUACAUGAUGGUCAAAAUUAAGGAAAUAAAGGCUUAUUUAGCUCAGAGUUUGUGGAGGUUUCAGUCUAUACUUAGCUGACUCCAGGACAGGGCAGCAUGACACUGGGGCAAUAGUUCAAGGCAGCAGAAGACAGAAAAAGCAACAAGAACAAAAAGAGGGGUGAAUAAACCUCUGUCCUCCAUCUGAUUGUAAGCAGACCACACACUGCCCCCAGGGAAGGGGUAGCACUCACAUCAUAUCCAUGCCCUCCUCAUUCGGAGCUUGUUUACAAAGUGAGAACCCUGGUCCCAUGCUGACUUAAACUUUUAAACUUCUCAAGGGGACAUAGUAUCAACGUUUACAGAUAGGGAAAAAAAAAAUGUGUUUCUGCAUAUUUUCUUUUUUUUCUCAGGUCUCUCCAGUAGUCACCAUCAACUCCCACAAUAACUGACUCUGGCUCCAAACAUGUUAAAUGUAUCUUCUACAUGGUCUUCACACACAUAGAUGAUUGUAGUUUUGCUUCAAAGUUUCUAGAGAGAAAUUCCUCCCAUAUUGGGAUCCUAGUAGAACCAGGAGGACUAGAACCUUGAGCUAAUUCAGCAGGUGACAAGAAACUCUUAAUGCCAAUCAAUAGGUAGUUUUGAGAAGAUGCUUUAAGGAAAAUGCAGUCAAACCUUGAGGUGAUAUUAUGUGAACAUGUUGCUCUGACUUCAGUGUCUUUAUGAUACACAGAGAAAGAGAGAGAGAGAGAGAGUGAGAGAGAGAGAGAGAGAGAGAGAGAGAGAGAGAGAGAGAGAGAGAAGAGAAGGGAAAGGGGAAAGAAGAGGAAGAAGAAAAGAGAAUAAGAAGAACAAAAGAUGGGUUAUACAGGCAUUUUUACAUAGGAAAAAUGGCAGGCAAUCCAAUAAAAAUGGACAUGACUUGAACUGGGGUUUCACAAAAGAAAAUCUUUUUUUUACAAAAGCAAAUUGUAAGUGGCUCAUAAAUACUAAAAUAUUUCAGCUUCAUUAGUCAUUACAAAAAUGAAAAUCAAAGCCACAGUGAGAUAUCGCUACACACUUAACCAAAAGGAUAAAAAUGAAAGAAAAUAGAAAGUAGAAAAUAUUGGCAAGGUAUAGAGCAAGUGAAAUUUUGCACACUGUGAAUGUGAGUAUAAUCAAACCUUUGGAAAGCUGCUUGUCAGUGUUUCCUACAGCUGACUGGAGAUUUCAGUGACUGAGGCAUUUCACUGACAAGUAUAUACGUACAUAAGAACGUGCACAAAUAAUGUCUAUAGGAACAUUACAUUUAAGUACACCAAACUGGUAACAUCAAUUCUAAGGGAUGAAUGAGUAAGUAAUUCUGGCAUAUUUCUGCAGCAAUGAGAAUCAACAGAACCAGUACCUAGCAGAUUCUCUCUUUCUCUCUCUCUCUCUCUCUCUCUCUCUCUCUCUUAGGGCUGGGGUUGACCUCAUGAUCUUGCGCUCACCAGGGAGGCACUUAUACCACUGAACUAAAUCCCUGGCUCCCAGUACAUAACAGAAUGCUUCAAAACAGACAAAACCAAUCUACUCUAUUAAAAAUCAAAGUAAUGAUUUCUGUCCUUCCAGCUUCUGCACAGGUGGGAAAGUAGCAGCAGCAUAAUCUGUGUUAUCAGCUUUGGAACCAAUGAUGGAGUUCCUAAAAUGCAAAAUGAAGGAGCUCAGAAUUCCAAGAAACUAUGACACUGGAACUGUAGUUGUCAUGGAGCUAAGAACCACAGGAGCUCAACAUUUCCCAAAUGUAUCUUAACAGAUAGCAUAUUAAGCCUCUUAGGAUAUCUUUCCCUCUGUGAUGGUUUGAAGAAGAACUGUGACUCAUAAUUUUUUUUUUUUUUUUUGUGGCAGUAAUAAUGGGAUACGUGUUCAAAAUGAGUGGGAGUAUUUUAAGAGAUGAAUGACAAUGUGACAUUUACUGUAGUAAUUGUUUAUAAUUAAAUUUGUUGGUACAUUUUAGGUAUACAUAAUGGUCAUAUUCAUCAUAGGGAAUCUGUACCUAUACAUGUUAUAUUUUGAUUCCUUUUCCCCAAUCCCUUCUCCUCCCUUCAGCCCCUCUUCUCCCUAUUUACAAAGCUUUGUUCCCAUUGUAUCCUUUUUAAUCAUGUUUUCCUUUUGCUUUCCUUCUUUUCCUUCUCCCAUCCUAGUUCCUUUUUCCUUUUGAACAAUUUCUUCCCAUUUCACAGUAUCUAUUGUAUACACUAUCCAUUGUCUUUAUUUAUUCCUUCAGUUUCUCACUGAAAUGCAAUAAUUACACAUGUGAGUCCGAUUUAUUUCCCUUAAAAGAGUAUGGCCUCAAGUUGUGCCCAUUUGUGUACCCAUGUUUAUAGCAGCACAGUUUGUAAUAGCUAAAUCUUGGAUACAACCCAAAUGCCCAUUAUCCGAGGUAUGGAUAAAGCAGACGUGGGUUUUUUUUUAUAUAAUGGGGUACUACUCUGCCAUAAAGAAGAAUAAAUUCGAGACAUUUCUAGGUAAAUUGGCUGGGGAUGUAGCUCAGUGCCAAGGCCCUAGGUUCAAUACCCACUACUGCACAUGAUGAAGAAGAUGAUGAUAAUGAUGAUGAUGAUGAUGAUGAUGAUGAAAGUAAAAAAAAAGAAUCUAUAACCCAUCUCCCUGUUUUAAUCAAUUGUCAUUUAAAUUAGUUCACUUUUCUCAAAUAGUUUGUUGUUAUCUGUUUAAGAGUGAGGUCAUCUGCUGUUUCGUAUUCACUGUUUGUAUUAUAUUGUGAAUUUGUAAUAUUCCUGAGAGCUGAGCAAUAUUUUUGAGCACUUUUUGUUGUAUGAUGGAAUUUGAUCUUCUAAUAGUUUAUUCAGGACUUAGGCUGCUGGGUGGCUGUAUGAAGGUGGCUCUGGAUACAUGUAUAUGUUUUCUGUGUCAAGAUAUACAUGAAGCUGAUGUCAAUGUCACAACAAGAAAGAAAAACUUUGCUUAUUCCUGAAGGAUCAGACGAAAAUCAGCUGAAAUGGAAGUGUUUGAUGCUAUCGUUAUCUGAAGACUGCAAAGUAUUGAUUUAUAAAACUAUGUAGGCUUACAGAUCUGGUGGCAUGCCCACAGAAUCCCAGCUACCCUGGAAUGUGAGGCAAAAAAUUUGCAAGUUUUAGGCCAGACUGUGCAAGUUAGAGAGAUCUGUCUCAAAAUAAAAUGCAGAAUGGGCUGGGGUAUAGUUCAAUGCUAGAACGUGCUUCACUUGCACAUAUAAAGCCUGAGAUUCAAUGCCAACUACUUUAAAAACAUGAAACAAACAUUGAUUUAAAACAAUCUGUGUAGGAUUAAAGUCAUUUGAAGAGUGUUCUUAGACAACUUUCUCAAUUUCCUUCAUAGUUAUUUGCAUGUUAAGGGGUUCUUCAAUUGAAUUUGACACUAUGUUAUUUUGGAGGAUUAUCUAUUUUAUGCAUAAUAUAAAAUAUAUUUGCAAAAUAUUCAA